GUCCCAGAGUUUGACGCAAGCUACGUAAACUCUGUAGAGGCGGGGUCAAAGGGUGGGCUCGUGUAGCAGAGAAGGCGGUCAGAGACACGACUUCCUGCUCCGGGGGAAGCAAGAAACAACCGAAGACGGGGGCAAAGAAAAUACACACAUAACAGACGGCGAUCCACAACCAGGCCAAUGGCGGACGGGAGGAUCUACGUGGGGAACCUUCCGCCGGACGUGCAGGAGCGGGACAUAGAGGACCUGUUCUUCAAAUACGGAAAGAUCCGCGACAUCGAGCUGAAGAACAACCGCGGCACCAUCCCCUUCGCCUUCGUCCGCUUUGAGGACCCCCGGGACGCAGAAGACGCCGUGUAUGGACGCAAUGGCUACGGGUUCGGCGACUGCAAGCUCCGUGUGGAGUACCCGCGCUCGUCCUCCAAGUUCAGCAGCCCCAUGGGAGGGGGCCCCCGGGGCCGCUUUGGCCCCCCCUCCCGGCGCUCAGAGUUCCGCGUAAUUGUGACAGGCCUCCCCCCGACGGGCAGCUGGCAGGACCUGAAGGACCACAUGCGGGAGGCGGGGGACGUGUGCUUCGCUGACGUGCAGCGGGACGGCGAGGGCGUGGUCGAGUUCCUGCGCAGAGAGGACAUGGAGUACGCGCUCCGCCGCCUCGACAGGACCGAGUUCCGCUCGCACCAGGGGGAGACUGCUUAUAUCCGGGUGCAUGAGGAGAGGGGUUCCAGCUGGGGGCGCUCACGGUCCCGCUCCAGGUCGCGGGGUCGUUACUCUCCUCCUUACCAAAGCAGGGCCUCCCCGCCCCCCCGCUACCAUUCCCCCCCACCCAGACGCCACUCCUCCCGCCACAGCCCCCCCUCACGCCACAGCCCCCCCUCACGCCACAGCCCUCCCUCACACCACAGCCCACCCCGCCAUUACCGAUAAACACACACACACCCCAGCCCAACAUUACCGAUAAACACACACACACACUCACUCACUCACUCACACACCCACACCCCAGCCCAACAUUACCGAUAAACACACACACACACACACUCACACACCCACACCCCAGCCCACCAUUACCGAUAAACACACACACACACUCACUCACACCCCAGCCCACCAUUACGAUAAACACACACACUCACACACACCACAGCCCACCCCGCCAUUAACGGUAAACACACACACACACCACUGCCCACCUCACCAUUAUUGGUAAACACAGAUUACGCAACAGGCUACACAACGGUAUUUUAGUUUUAUUUUCUUCCCUGUUAAUUUACAUUCCAUUAUCAGGACUGUUCCCCAAGGCCUUAAUCUGUAGAAUCUCCCAGAGAGACGGUUUUGGGAGGCAGAGCAUCUGGGGCAGGAGCCAAUGGCAGGAGAGAGCCGCACAGAGUGGCUGGGGGAGGAGCCAAUAGCAGGAGAGAGCCGCACAGAGUGGCUGGGGCAGGAGCGCCUCGCGCAGAGCGUCUGAAAGACUGUGGACACACUCGCUUCGGACGGCUCUGGACACGGUGCUGCCCCACGUCGUGAGCACAGCGUUACCAUGGUGACCCCUCGCAGCUCUGUUCUUCUAUCUGGAAUGUUCCAAAGCGCCGCCUGUCGUCACGGAAACCUGAAUUUCCAGACGUGUGCUCUGGCCAACUUCUCCUUCUAGACAAUUGUUUGUGUACUUUUUUUUUUUUCUCCCAGUAACUGAAACAAAACCGUUUUAAACUGGUUUCUACGCCCGAGUUGUCAUCGUGUACUUUGUAUCCUGUAAUUGCAGUUUAUAAAAGUUUUUUUUGUUUGUUUCAUUUUGUUUUUGGUUUUUUUCAAUUAAAAGAUUAAAUCAAAAGAA